GCAGCGGUAGCGUCGGGUCUCUGAGCCACGGUCUGCGAGCCACGGUCUGCGAGUGGACUGUAUCCGGGUCUGGAACCUAGUUCUGACCGUGUCCGUGUGCGGGUGGACGGCGUCGGGCGCGAUGACUCUGAAUGGCGGCGGCAGCGGAGCUGGCGGGAGCCGCGGCGGGGGCCGGGAGCGCGAGCGCCGUCGAGGCAGCACACCCUGGGGCCCGGCGCCCCCGCUGCACCGCCGAAGCAUGCCGGUGGACGAGCGGGACCUGCAGGCGGCCCUGGCUCCGGGCGCUCUGGCAGCGGCCACGGCCGGGACCGGGGCCCAGGGUGCGACGCUCGAAUGGCACGAGGGCUCCACCGAGUCGCUCAGCUCAGGGGGCAGCGACUCCGACGAGAGCGUUUACAAGGUGCUGCUGCUGGGGGCGCCUGGCGUGGGCAAGAGCACCCUGGCGCGAAUCUUCGGUGGUGUAGAGGAUGGGCCUGAAGCAGAGGCCGCAGGGCACACAUAUGAUCGGUCCAUCAUAGUGGAUGGAGAGGAGGCAUCACUCAUGGUCUAUGACAUCUGGGAACAGGAUAGCAGCCACUGGCUACCUGGCCACUGCAUGGCUAUGGGCGAUGCAUACGUCAUCGUGUACUCAGUGACGGAUAAGGAAAGCUUCGAGAAGGCCUCAGAGCUGCGAGUUCAGCUGCGGCGGGCACGGCAGACGGACAACGUGCCCAUUAUCCUAGUGGGCAACAAGAGUGACCUGGUGCGCUCUCGAGAGGUCUCCUUGGAUGAGGGCCGGGCGUGUGCCGUGGUCUUCGACUGCAAGUUUAUUGAGACAUCAGCGGCGCUGCACCACAAUGUCCAGGCCCUAUUCGAGGGUGUUGUGCGCCAGAUACGCCUGCGCAGGGACAGCAAAGAGGCCAAUGCACGUCGACAGGCGGGUACCCGACGGCGAGAGAGCCUUGGCAAGAAGGCAAAGCGUUUCUUGGGCCGCAUUGUAGCACGCAACAGCCGCAAGAUGGCCUUUCGUGCCAAGUCCAAGUCCUGCCAUGAUCUCUCAGUGCUCUAGACUCCACCGGCACCUACUGUGUUAUGCAUACAGACGGGUAGAUUGGUUGGCUGGCCCAGCCAACUGCCCUGGGUGCCUCAGGGCUGACUCAGACUCUGGGCAUACCCCACUUCAUGGUCAUGGACAGACAUUGCUGCCCAGGGAGACAAGCUCCCAGUGGGCUUCAAGGGCUGGGCCCACAGCGAUGUGUGUUCAGGCUAGUGUGUGUCCUAAGCAGCAGCCUGAGCCCAGCCUGUGGGGCAGGCCUGUUUGUGGGGAAAGGACUCUAUCUUUCUUCACACUUGGGGUGUGCAUGCUCUGAAGGGAGGCUGUUCAGUGCAGGGGUUAUUUGUUUACAUGCAAAUUUUUGUAAUAAAGACUAUUUCCUGAUAGA